AUGGCGUUCGGCCACACGCGGCUCGAUGUCCGGCGUGCGCCGCAGUCCUCCUACUUCUCCUGCUCCACAACCACCGUCGCCGUAUUCGUCGCGCUCUGCCUGGUGUCUGUGUGGAUGGCAUCGUCCAUGCUCGUCACCCCUGCCGAGUUCUCUCCAUUUGAGCUCAAAGUCCGUCCAUUGCCGCCUCAUGACUCUCCUCCUGCCACCGGAACCUUAGGUCAGGGCGAUGGCAUCCGUGAAAUGGAACGGGAUGUGCUCGUUGAUCCAGUGCCGGCCAAGGAGACCAUCCGUGAUGAUCCACCACCUGUAACACAACAAUUGCCUCCUGUAACAGACAGCAUGGAUGGUGAAAAUCAGCAAGAGGAUGUCAAGGAGCAAGUUAGGAAGCCUGACCAACAGAGGGCCUCAGAGCAACCAGAGGUGUUCCUUGAUGGGAGUCAGGCGGAGCUUUUCAAUGAGACCACUACAGAGCGAGGACCAUGGCAAACGAAGGCUGCACAAUCUAACAAGGACACUAAGGAGCAAACCUUGAUGUCCAGUAGCCCAGUGAGCUUUAGUUGGGCGCUAUGCAAUGUCGACGCUGGAGCAGAUUAUAUUCCAUGCCUUGACAACAUAGAAGCUAUCAAGAAGCUCCGUUCCACCAAGCACUACGAACACCGAGAAAGGCAUUGCCCUGAGAAACCUCCUACCUGCCUUGUUCCUCUACCAGAGGGCUACAGGAAUCCAAUAAGGUGGCCUAAGAGCAGAGAUCAGAUAUGGUACAACAAUGUUCCUCAUACUAAGCUGGUUGAAUACAAGGGACACCAAAACUGGGUUAAGGUUUCUGGAGAGUAUCUCAUCUUCCCGGGAGGUGGGACUCAGUUUAAACAUGGUGCGUUGCACUACAUUGAUUUUAUUCAGAAGGCAAAGAAGGACGUAGCAUGGGGAAAACAAAGUCGUGUAGUUUUAGAUGUUGGCUGUGGAGUAGCUAGCUUUGGAGGAUAUCUAUUUGACAGAGAUGUGAUUACUAUGUCAUUUGCACCUAAAGAUGAGCAUGAAGCUCAGGUUCAAUUUGCUCUUGAAAGAGGAAUACCUGCUAUAUCAACUGUUAUGGGUACAAAAAGGCUCCCAUUUCCCAGUAGGGUCUUUGAUGUUGUUCAUUGUGCGCGAUGUAGGGUACCAUGGCAUAUUGAAGGCGGUAAACUCUUGCUUGAACUGGACAGACUGUUGCGUCCUGGUGGUUACUUUGUGUGGUCUGCUACACCCGUAUACCAGAAGCUGCCUGAAGAUGUUGAGAUAUGGCAAGCCAUGUCUGCUCUAACCAGUUCAAUGUGCUGGAAAAUGGUCAACAAAGUAAAGGAUAGGGUGAAUAGAGUGGGUAUAGCGAUUUACAGAAAGCCAACAGACAACAGCUGCUAUGAAGCAAGAUCUGAAACAAACCCUCCACUCUGUGGAGAGUAUGAUGAUCCUGAUGCAGCCUGGAACAUAUCAUUGGGGACUUGUAUGCAUAAGUUGCCUGUAGAUCCUACCAUUCGUGGUUCACAGUGGCCCGAGUUAUGGCCAUUGAGACUGGAGAAACCGCCUUAUUGGCUGAGAGGUUCUGAGGCUGGAGUAUAUGGGAAAGCUGCCCCAGAGGAUUUUCAAGCAGACUAUGAACACUGGAAGCGAGUCGUGAGCAAUUCAUACAUGAAUGGUUUGGGUAUUGAUUGGUCUUCUGUUAGAAAUGUUAUGGAUAUGAAAGCUGUAUAUGCAGGGUUCGCAGCAGCUUUGCGCGAUCUCAAGGUGUGGGUCAUGAAUGUGGUUCCAAUUGAUUCACCUGACACACUUCCAAUUAUAUAUGAACGUGGGCUGUUUGGACUGUACCAUGACUGGUGUGAGUCAUUUAGCACCUAUCCGAGAACUUACGAUCUUCUGCACGCCAACCAUCUGUUCUCCAAGGUUAAGAAGAGGUGUGAACUAUUACCUGUUAUCGUGGAAGUGGAUCGUGUGUUGAGGCCAGAAGGCCGGCUAAUUGUCAGAGACAACAUUGAAACAAUAAGUGAGGUGGAGAACAUUGUGAAAUCUCUCCACUGGGAGGUCCGCAUGUCUUACUCCCAGGAUAAAGAAGGCUUGCUGUUUGUGCAAAAGACGACAUGGCGACCAAAUGAAACUGAAGCUAAGCUAUGA